AUGUCAGAAAGUAGCGGUCAUUUCUCUUUUCCAAAGGAAGAAGAACGAAUCCUAGCUUUAUGGGAAGAAAUCAAUGCGUUCCAGACUUCUUUAAAGUUGACUGAAAAUAAGCCAGAAUUUUCUUUCUUUGAUGGGCCUCCAUUUGCUACAGGCACACCUCAUUACGGUCAUAUUUUGGCGUCCACGGUUAAAGAUAUUGUUCCUAGAUAUGCGACUAUGAAUGGAUAUCAUGUUGAAAGAAGAUUUGGAUGGGAUACGCAUGGUUUACCAAUUGAACAUAUUAUUGAUAAGAAGUUGAAAAUUACAUGCAAGGAUGAUGUUUAUAACUAUGGGAUUGAGAAUUACAACAAUGAAUGUAGAGCUAUUAUUAUGACGUACGCCGAUGAGUGGAGGAAGACUAUUGGUCGUCUUGGUCGUUGGAUUGACUUUGACAAUGAUUACAAAACCAUGUACCCAUCCUUUAUGGAAUCUAUAUGGUGGGCGUUUAAGGAGUUAUUUGACAAAGAUCAAGUUUACCGUGGAUACCGUGUGAUGCCAUAUUCUACAGGAUGUACGACUCCUUUGAGUAAUUUUGAAGCGCAACAAAACUAUAAAGACGUCAAUGAUCCAGCUGUUACCGUUGGUUUUAACGUUAUCGGUCAGGAAAAAACGCAAUUUGUUGCUUGGACUACUACUCCAUGGACGUUGCCAUCGAAUGCCGCAUUGUGUGUUAACCCAGAGCUUGAAUAUGUUAAGAUAUAUGAUGAGAAAAAGGACAUGUAUUUUAUCUUAAUGGAAUCGUUGCUCAAGACCCUUUACAAGAAGGUUGCUUCUGAGAAGCUAAAAGUUGUGGAAAGAUAUAUGGGUAGGGACUUGGUCGGCAUGAAAUAUGAGCCAUUGUUUGACUACUUUAUUGAGGAAUUUGGUCCUUCCGCUUUCAGGGUUCUUGGUGACGCAUAUGUUACUGCCGAAUCAGGUACUGGUAUUGUUCAUAAUGCGCCAGCAUUUGGUGAAGACGAUUAUAGAGUUUGCAUGGAAGCUGGAAUUAUUUCAGAAGAUUUUAUUAUACCAAACCCGUUGGAUGAUAGUGGGAGAUUUACUUCAGCAGUAAAAGAUUAUGCUGGUUUGUAUGUCAAGGAUGCUGAUAAGGAAAUUAUCAAAAGGUUGACUGCCAGCUCCAAUAUGCUAAUGGUUAGUCAAAUAAGACAUUCAUACCCAUUCUGUUGGAGAUCUGAUACUCCGUUACUCUAUAGAACGGUUCCGGCUUGGUUUGUACGUGUUAAGUCUAUCAUCCCAAAGUUUUUGGAAUCUAUUGAGAAAUCUAAUUGGGUUCCUUCUGUGAUUAAGGAGAAGAGAUUUGCGACAUGGGUGGCCAAUGCUAGAGAUUGGAAUGUGUCCAGGAACAGAUAUUGGGGCACUCCUAUUCCAUUAUGGGUUUCUGAAGACUAUGAAGAAAUUGUCUGUAUUGGCUCUGUCGCAGAGUUAGAAGAGUUAUCUGGAACGAAAGGGAUUAAGGAUUUGCAUCGUGAUACCAUUGAUAAAAUCACUAUCCCAUCCAAAAAAGGUAAGGGGGUGUUAAGAAGAAUCGAGGAGGUUUUCGAUUGUUGGUUUGAGUCAGGUUCUAUGCCUUACGCUUCUCAGCACUAUCCUUUUGAAAACAAAGAAAAGUUUGCAAGUAGGGUUCCUGCUAACUUCAUUUCUGAGGGUUUAGACCAGACUAGAGGCUGGUUUUACACUUUGGGUGUUUUGGGUACCCAUUUGUUUGGUGAGGUUCCAUACCAAAAUGUCAUCGUUUCUGGAAUUGUCUUGGCUGCUGAUGGAAAAAAAAUGUCCAAGUCUUUAAAAAACUACCCUGAUCCAAACAUCGUCAUAGAUAAAUAUGGUGCUGACGCUUUACGAUUAUAUUUAAUUAACUCUCCUGUUUUACGAGCAGAAUCAUUGAAGUUCAAGGAAGAGGGUGUGAAAGAAGUUGUUUCAAAGGUUUUGAUACCAUGGUGGAACUCCUUCAAAUUCUUGGAAGGUCAAAUUGCUUUAUUGAAAAAGUCUUCCGGUAUCGAAUUUAAAUAUGAUCCAACCAUUAAAAGUGAUAAUGUCAUGGACAAAUGGCUCUUGGCAUCUUUACAAUCGUUGGUUGAGUAUAUUCAUCAAGAAAUGAAAGCCUAUAAGUUGUACUCUGUUGUUCCUAAGUUGUUGGAUUUCAUCGACGAGUUAACCAAUUGGUACAUCAGGUUCAACCGUCGUCGUUUGAAGGGUGAAGAUGGUGUAGAUGACUGCAUAAAGGCAUUAAACUCAUUAUUUGAGGCUUUACUGACUUUUGUACGUGCUAUGGCGCCAUUCACACCAUAUCUUUCCGAAAAUAUAUACCUGAGGAUGAAAGAAUUCAUCCCACAGGAACUCUUAGAAAAAUUCUCCGAAGACACUAGAUCCGUUCAUUUCUUGCCAUACCCAGUUGCUAUAAAGGAAUUGUUUGAUGAAAAAAUCGAGAAGGCAGUUUCAAGAAUGCAAUCUGUCAUCGAAUUGGGUAGAAACAUUCGUGAAAAGAAGACCAUUUCUUUAAAGACUCCCUUAAAGAGCUUAGUUAUAUUACACAGUGAUGAAGAUUACUUGAACGACAUUGAAUCCUUGAAAAAGUAUAUUAUUGAAGAAUUGAAUGUUCGUGAUUUGAUCAUCACCUCAGAUGAAGCAAAAUAUGGUGUUGAAUAUAGAGCUGUUGCUGAUUGGCCAGUGUUGGGUAAGAAGUUGAAAAAAGAUGCGAAAAAGGUGAAGGAUGCCCUACCCCUUCUAACAUCUGAACAAGUCCAAGCGUAUCUGCAAACUGGAAGAAUUGAAGUCGCCAAUAUUCAGCUAGUGAAGGGUGAUCUAAGUGUUAUCAGAGCUUUGCCUGAAGAACAAGUUCAAGAGGGCCAAGAAACCAGAACAGAUCAAGAUGUUUUAAUCAUCUUAGACACUAAGGUCUACCCAGAAUUGAAGACGGAAGGUUUAGCCAGAGAGCUAGUAAACAGAAUACAAAAGUUAAGGAAAAAGUGCGGUUUGGAAGCUACUGACGACGUUGAAAUCCAAUACGAAUUAGUGAAUGAUACCAUUGGUUUUGAAUCAAUUGUAAAGGAACAUUUCCAAAUGUUCACCAAAACUUGUAGAUCGGCAAUUAAAAGGUUUGAAGGUUCAAAUGGAGAAGCACUAGCUGAUGAGGAUCAAUCUAUCAAUGAUACACUUUUCAAGUUGAAAAUAUUCAGAUUGUAA